AAAGGCAAAAUGCCAACAAGUGUUGCAAUGUGUCCACAAAGCAGCUAGGGAAGAAGAAGACUGCUAGCUAGUAAGUUUGUAAACAAUGCACAAUUUAAAAUAGACUGUUUCAUGACGACGAAAAUGCACUAAACACACGGAUGCACACACUGCGUUUUGGUGAGUAACACUAAAUGUAAACAGUACUGUAUGUAAACAGAACUGUUGUUUGUUGUUCUCAAGUUGGGUUCACUAGCUGUGUUCACAAAACAAGGUUUUUCCAGGGAGCACGUGAACGCAGCAGUCACUUCGUGUAGUGCAGGAGAUGAUUGCAGUCGCAGCUCGCUUUACUGUGCAGCCGCAGCGGAACACAGAAAAUGUGUAGGAAGAGGGAAGCUGAAUCUCUCUUGACAUAGUGACUGGUCAUGGCCAGUCGGUGGCGAGACGGUCCUCGCAGCCGUUCAGAAGACCCCGCCUGUGGCCUAAAAACGCAAAUGCCCCGCCAACAAGAGCCGUCCGGAGAGACAGAGGACGCGGCGGAGCCUCUGCGGGAGCUGCCGCGAUGGAUGCGGCUUUACUUCUACGGCAUGCACGGCGUAACUCUGGAUGUCCUGCUUUCAUCAUUACAGGGGGCUUUAAAUCACCCGGACCCCAAACUGGUGGGCUUUUCCUCUCCGUAUCUUUGCAUUAUGCAUUCACUGACCCACUUUGCACUGGAGAAGAUCUACUCACAGAAGAGGUGUUUCCGAGGUCGGCCUGUGGUGUUUCAUCUCGUUUUCUACCCGUCUGUGUACAUCGGGCUGCAGAUCCUGAUGGGGAACAUCAACAUUUUGACCGAGCAGGUGAGGGUGGUAUCUGGCACGCAGCUGGUUGUACACUACAUCCUGGCUCUCUAUUUUGCCCAGGUGUUUCACAGGGGGCUGUCAAGGUUGCAGUAUCACCCCCCCUGCAACCCCGACCCCCCCGGGAAACCCGGCCCGGAGGACGGUGGUCAUGAUCGGGGGCCUCUUCACGUUCUCCCCGGCUAUGUGCGUUUCUUGUUCUUUGGGAUGCAGGGAUUUCUGGACGAGGUGAUUUUCACCUCCAUUUUCAACCUUGUGGAGAAGUCUGACCGGACCCUCAGCGGCCACACGUCCCUGUGGUCUUUCCUGAUGUACGGGAGCUGCAGCUUCGUGGUAGAAAGGCUCUACUUUUACCUGCACUUCAGCAGAGGCUGGGGGACGUGGCGGCGGCUCCCCAUCUACAUCUGCUUCAUCUACACCUGGGAGUUCACCUGGGGUCUGGUCCUGAGGCAGUUUGGCGCCUGCUCCUGGGACUACUCCCAUUAUCCUCACAACUUCAUGGGACUCAUCACGCUCCUCUACUUGCCAGGCUGGGUGUGCCUCAGUCUGUACCAGGACUUACUGUCUAAUGUGCUGCUGAGAAUCAAGUGCACCAAAGACGUAAAUGGUUUGAGUGGGGAGAAUGGUGAGAUCAAUGGAGCACUGGAGUCUAAGAAAAAACGAGUUUAAUUUUUCUUUUUGAUGUUUUAACUUCAAGGGGAAGUGUGACUCACAGUAGACCAAUGAUGAAACAAGCAGACAUGUUAUUCUAAUUAAUACAUUCAAUUAAACUGAUUUGAUGGAGAGAAAAAAGAAAAAAGGCAUAAAAGUUUAUUUAGAACUGCAAGAUGUAAAAUUGUAUAAUGUGGGAUCAGAUUGGCCUUUCAACUCAAAUCAUAGUAUAAAUAGGUCUGUUGGUCAGCAAUAUGUUGCCAUGAUGACAACAUAUGUUGUGAUGUUGAAUAUAGGAUUUAACAUUUUGUAAAGUUAAUAUUUUCAGAAAGUUUAGAGUCAGGUAUUCAGAGUCUAGGCACUUGUUACCGGUAUGCAGAGGAGACAUUUUCCAGUUGAUGAUGAUAUUUCUGUGUCCAGUAAUACACAACUGAUGCUGAAUUGUUCACCUAACCGGUUUAAAAUUCAGUUAACCUACUGCCAUUUCUAUAUAUCUGAUGUAAAAUGUAGUUGUAAUGUUAAUAUUUAUAGUCUUCAUGACACAAGUGUGAAUAUUAUUUUUCUUUUCGUCAUGAUUGCAGUGGCAGACUUCUUGCCAUCUUAUACGUUACAUGCAUUGUGGCAGGUCUAGUUUGAGUUGCCUUGAUUGUGUCAUUUAAAUAUGCAUUUGCAUGCUUUAGCUGUAGUUCAUGUCUGCAUAGAAAUACAAAUAAUCUGGAAGGUUUAUAGAUUAGAUAUGAUAUUCAAAGUCUGUAUUUUCAAGACAAAGAAGACAUGAAAACAACUGGACCCUAGUAACCCAUUGUCCCAUCUUCUUUUAUGCAAGCAAUCUGUUUUUAAAUGUCCAUCUCUUUUGUCAAUGUUAAUUUACAUUUUGAAACAAACUCACUAUGUUCACUCAUCCUGUAAAAAAAAAAAAAAAAAAAUCAUCCCACCUGAAAAUCUGUACUGUAGCUGAAUGGAUACGAGGAGCCAAGUUAGAUUUUACUCUGUGAAUCUUUUAUGAACCAAACGUUACUUUGCUGGAGUGCCUUCCUGUGCACAGAGUCAACCAGACUCAAAACAAACCAGGCUCAGUGUUCAAAGGGCUCCUUUUUUAUAUUAGAAGCACAGCAGUGUUUUGCAGCAAUGAUUAUUAUAAAAAAUAUUUUAACCGUCAACACAAAUGAUGGUCUCUGUCA